AUCCUCUCGCCAGUGAGGGUUACAGUUGGACCACCGCUCUCUGAGAAAGCCAACUGAAUUUGAUGCUGAGCUGAAUGAAAGACGCAUUUAUAGCCUUUUUACAGAUAAUAAUGCACUGAGUUGUCGCGUUCGUGCCUAAAUGGUUUAUUUCCCCUCCGAUUGUGGACGAGCUAGACUAUUAAACCCUCUCUGUAUGUGUCUGACUCUCGAGACGCAGGAGAACAUACCUUUGUUUUGGUAUUAGGCAAAUCAGAAGCCUACCAAACACAUAUUAAGGUAUAUUCAGCAUGGAUAGUAUAGAAAAGGACAACAGGUCGGAUGAAGACUGUGAAUCAGGCGAAGAGGAAGAAGAAGUGGACCCCAGGAUUCAGGGAGAGCUUGAGAAAUUGAAUCAGUCUACAGAUGACAUCAACAGAUGUGAAACAGAGCUGGAGGAUGCAAGACAGAGGUUCCGCGCUGUGCUGGUGGAGGCCACAGUAAAACUAGAUGAGCUGGUGAAGAAGAUUGGCAAAGCAGUGGAGGACUCAAAACCGUACUGGGAGGCACGGCGUGUGGCUCGACAGGCUCAGCUAGAAGCUCAGAGGGCCACGCAGGACUUCCAGAGGGCCACUGAGGUGCUGCGAGCUGCCAAGGAGACCAUAGCCCUGGCUGAGCAGAGGCUGCUGGAGGACGACAAGCGGCAGUUUGAUUCGGCCUGGCAGGAGAUGCUCAACCACGCGACCCAGAGGGUGAUGGAGGCAGAGCAGACAAAGACCCGUAGCGAGAUGCUGCAUAAGGAGACGGCAGCCAGGUACAACGCAGCCAUGAGCCGCAUGAAACAGCUGGAGAAGAAGCUCAAACGCACCAUCAGCAAGUCCAAGCCCUAUUUUGAAUUGAAGGCAAAAUAUUACUUACAGCUUGAGCAACUGAAAAAGAAUGUGGAUGACCUGCAAGCUAAGCUGACGCAAGCUAAAGGGGAGUAUAAAACGGCUCUGAAAAACCUUGAGAUGAUCUCAGACGAGAUCCACGAGCGCCGGCGCACCUCCGCCAUCGGCCCGCGGGAGAGAGGGGUGGGGGCCGAGGGUGACGGGGUCACUGGAGAUGACCUCACCAGCUUCAAAAUAGAGUCUGAUGGAAUAUCUAUGGCAUCAGAGUCGUUUGAGGAUGAGAACUGCAGCACCAGUGCCAUGUCUGAGGAGGACUCAGAGACACGGUCCACCUGCAGCCUGAGCUCUGGAACCAGCAGCCCUCUGGACCUGCCCUGCCCCUUCUCUUCCUCCUCCUCCUCCUCUUCCUCUUCCCCUUCUCCAUCGUCGUCCUCCCCUCCCCCCUCAUCUCGGCCCUGCAGCCUGGAGUUGCCCAGCACGGUGUCUCUGUCUGACUUUGGCCUGAUUUCGCCCAUCCUGGGGCCUCGCAGUGAAUGCAGCGGAGCUUCUUCACCAGAAUGUGACCUGGAGAGAGGUGACCGAGCAGAGGGUGCCGAGGCUGAACUGAACAACACACUGAAUAACAACAGCAGCAUUAGUAGCAUGAAGAACCAUUUCCGCCUUCUGUCUCUGAAACGUGGAGAGAUGGACAAUGCCAAAGUCACCGGACGCAACCCCUUCAGUGUGGCCUAAAACCACCCCAUCCCCCUCAUUACCUUACUCCUCCUCAUUUGGGUGAAGUAUAGGCUGCCCUUACCCAAACACCUCACCACCUUCCCAACCACGUCAUGUCCUAAUUAAAGGCACUGGCAGCCGUCCAUCUCUCACCCUUGAAGUCAGCACUGUUCGUUUUUGUUGAGACUGUUAAGCAGGUUCUGGUUGAUCAGCGGAAGCAAUCUCACUAGAUGGUAAAGGAUUAUAAAUGAGGGAGAUUCUGCUGAGUUACUGAAAUCCCUAAUGUUUAUAUAAAUAGCCUAAACACUGAACCAACUCAACCAACUACCAAAACCAUAAAACCAUCAGACGUGAAAAGAAUUUGUGAGGUUAUGGACGAUGGCUAGGAGACUGGGGUGAUAUGGAUGUAUACUUUUUGAAAAGGGUCUUUUCUCUGACACUUUGUUUAUUCAUAGAAAGUCUUAAAGAGCUGAGUAAAAAUUGAACGUAGAGAUGAGUGAUAUCUCUUCAUGGUCUUCUCACUCUUUGUCUUUCAUGUUCACUGUAACAAAACCAUGGCCUCAAAUCCUGAUCAUUCAUGCUGCAGUAUAAUAAAUACGGCCAGUGCUUGUGCUUGCACUUGGCCUGGAGCAUGGCAGACGCACCACUGACAAAGGUGAAAGAGAAAACUCCCAAAACUUUUAUUCAAACAUAUCUAAAGGAUUCAAAAACCUUCAGAACGAAAUUGGCUGCUUCUCUAGUGCAAUAAAGCUGAAGUUGACCUACGUUAGACCUCAUCUAUAGACAUCUACAGUCAUGCUGGACCUCUCCUCCGGGCUGCUUAUACGUGACCUUUUCUUCAUCCUGUCCUCAUCAAGAUUCGCUCCCAGCAGCAUCAUGAUUAAUGGGCUUGACCAUUCACCUGGACCGUGUGCAUGCUGCCAUGUCUGUGUCUCUAUAAAGAUGGACAGUCCCCAUGUUUGGUCAAUAUUGAUAGGAAAAAAAGAGCAAUAGAUAAAGACAUCUUGUGUUCUUUACAGCCGCCAUUACCUGGAUGUUUUAUAUACAGAGAAUGGGUCAUGAGUCUUUUGUUGGUUUUCCUGGUUUAACAAGGUUGGUUAACUACACUGAGGUCAGUUGGACUGCAAGGGUUUGCUGGCUUGGGAACAUUUUACAAAGCAGGACUGCCCAGUUAGCUGGAUAAACCCAGAGAUUGUCCAGUCAGAGAAGUAAACAACGUUCUUAUGGGAUGGUCAGUUUUGGGACAUUCUUAUGGGAUGGUCAGCUUUAAGAAAUGGACCCCAGUUUUGAAAACACAGAAUGAGUCGAAGUGAAAUGCACUAAUAGGAAAAGAGAAUGAAUGUUAACCAGCUGCAUAAUACAGCAGCUGCUGCUAGAGAGGCACAAAGCACAGCGUCAGUUCUAGUCAGCACACUGUAUAGUCUUUAGGCGCAAACUUGUGUUCAGUUUUCCUUUUGUUUGUGUUCCAGCAUUUUAUUUGUGUGUUCUUUGUGUAUGUAGUGGAAACAGAUGGUAAAUGCCAUCUUAAAAACUGUGUUUUCAUGUUUUAUGAUGGUCUGUUCCUGAGCAGCUUGCCUAGUUGUUUUCAAAUUUAAAUAAAGUAAUAUUCACUGA